AUGCAAAUGGAGCUCUCCUUCUCUCUCGCCUAUCGACGGAAUAUUUUCCGAAGGCCAUCGCCUCAGUGUUUGACUCCGUUUCAGUCUGAUCCGCAUCAGCGUCAAUGGCUUCGAGAAUCUAUGUUCAUCUCUUUCGUACCUUCCUUCUUCAAUCUUCGUCUCAAAUCGUCUUAUUCUCCGUCAUCAUCUUCAUUUGUGUCUGAUCUCCGCCUCUAUCAUCUGAUUUCGAAGCUUCGACGACGUCCUCUGCUUCGCGGUUCCAAACGUGUCUCCGAUCUCACUUCGAUGAUGUCCUCUACUUCGCGGUUUCAAACGUGUCUCCGAUCUCACUUCGACGACAUCGGCGGUGAGAACUCAGUGACAAAGAGUGAGGAAGAUACACUCAAAGAUGAUAAUGAAGAUACAGAGUCUUGCAGAAGUUCAUUGAAGAUUGUUGAACCUUGA